AUGGAUGCGAUUGGUUCGGCCGCUAUUCAUCAAGAAGAAUUUCAACUUGUUAUGAAACGUUUAACGAACAUCGCCAAGAUUCUGAAUACCCAAGAAUCAUCGAUCGAUGAUGACGCUAUGAAGCGUGUACUUCCAAAUCUGGAAAUAACGAUAAAAGCACUUCGUAUAUGCUUAGAAGAAGAUCACAAAUUUGAAAUAUCUUCAACAAACAAAAGUCAAAAGUUAAAGUACGAUCAAAGACACAUUCAGACUGUACUUUUCGAUGCACUUGAAAGGUUGUUAUCACACGAGGCUGAUCUAAUAAAAGAUCCAGAACCGAGAGCAAAACUUCUCUCCGAAGGAUAUUUCGAACAACAAAUGCUCCGACGAAAAAUAUUCGAGAAAGAGCUAAAAUUGCGUGAAGAAGCAGCUAAAGUAGAUGCAAGCAAAACCUGUAAGGAACUCCUUUUUCAGUUACAUCAAGAGCAUGGAUAUAUCAUCACAUCAUAUCUGGAACAAUGUCUUAUAUUACACGGUACCGUUCCAGUCGCUGGCCUGGAUGCAGCAGUUGUUGGCAAUGUCGUUGCUCGGUUUUACGGGGUAACGCCUGCUCAGCAAGGUGCAUUUGAACAGAACUGGAGAUCAUUUCAGAUGCCUCUGGAACAUUGUUCCAUUCAGGUGCGAGCCGAUCAAUCAACAUCGUUUGAGAGGAAAGCAGCACGCCAGAUGCUAAUGGAUGAUAAAUUAGAUCUGUUUUUCAAUUUCAAGCACAAGCACAGUCAAGGAGGAACUUGGGUGCGUCGUCUUCUCAACGCACCUUACAUGCCUACGAUGGUUAAACGAGAUCGAUUUCAGCUAGAGGACAAAGGCGAUUCGUUCGAAAUUAGUGACGUCCUUCGCAAACAUCGAUGGAUAGUUAUUCUAGGCGAUCCCGGUAGUGGAAAAACAACCUUUGUACGAUGGCUUAUGCUUCAAUAUGCACAGGCUUUUCGUGAUGGGCAGGAUGAACUCAUCUUUGGAUUCACUCGAAUGCCGAUUCUGAUUCGAAUUGGAGAAUUUGCGGAGGCUUUGGCUGAAAAUAAUUCACUGACGUUGUUCGAUUACAUCGGGCAUCAUAAAUGGUUCGGAAAACCAGUUCUUCCUCCGAAUAUGAUAAACAGUUCAACUGCAGGGCAAAUCUCAAGAGCUUUACAGGACUAUGUAAAGAAAGGUCAAGCUCUGAUUAUUCUCGAUGGCCUCGAUGAGAUUCCCGCAUCAGAACAACGAAGUGCUCUGGUCAACCUUGUCGAGAAGUUCGUUGAUGAACAUGUUAAGACUCCGUUGUUCGGAUCAGCACUCGAUAAUCUGCAUGCUAUGCAUCUAAAUGAUAAUCCCAGUCAGUCCGGUGGAAAUCAAUUACUAAUCACUAGUCGUAUCGUCGGCUAUCAUGCUGCCCCAGUGACUGGUCACUUUUCGCAUUUCAUUAUAAAACACAUGGACCAGGAUUCUAUGAAAGCCUUUGUUGACUUCUGGUUUCAUGCUGUGCAUAUGAAGAUUAUUGAUUUGUUAAAGUUGAUCGAUAGUCAGAUUCCAGCCGGCGAGUAUACGUGGAUAAGGCAUGCACGUAUGCUAAAAACUGAACUGGAUAAUAAUGACAACGUAGGCCUUCUGGAGUUAGCAUCCAAUGCCCUCUUAAUAACGGUUAUAUGUGGCAUCGCUUUCGGAUCUAAAGAAAUGUCACUGCCAAAACAAAGGAUUCUUCUAUAUUCUGAAACGGUGAAUUCAAUGCUUUUAGCUUGGAAUAAUAAGGGAUCGAGUAUCAAUGAAGGGAAACUCGUCUCUAUACUGGGUGAUAUUGCUGAGCAUAUUCAUCAGAAUUCGUCCUCUGGUUUAAUUGAAGAAGAAGAUCUAAAGAAGAUAUGUGCGUUAUCGAUUCGAUCUUACGAAAAUAUGCAGAAUCCUACAGCUGACGAUCUGAAAAGAUUUGACAACGAAGCUCUUCAGUUUGCACAAAUCAUUCGUGAUGAUGUUGGUAUUUUAGCUGCUCGCGGCGAAUCAAUGUAUGGAUUUUUACAUCUCACCUUUCAAGAAUACUUCGCCAGUCUCAAUCUUACGAAUAAGCAGAAGCUGAAGCAUAAAUCUAAUUCAGCAGGAUUAACUGAUGUGCAGUUGAUAGCACAAUCGCUUCAUCAGCAUAUCUAUGAUCCACGAUUUCGUGUUAUUCUAUCACUUGCCUUUGGUAAACUGAGUUUAAAUCAGAAAAAAGGCUACUUUGACAGCAUAUGUUCUGCAUUCCUGAGUGAGUCUCGAGCGGCAAAUUUCUUCGUACCAUUAGCACCGCUAUUAUUAAUAUCAUGUGGAAAUGAUCUUAGUCAGCCACUAUCUUCAGACGUACUUUUUGAUGUACUUGAUCUGUUGCUAGUAGCGGCUGGUCGCGAUAACUGGUAUUCGACUUCUCCAAAUCUUUUCACACAAUUAUUGAAAUCAGUGGACAAACUACCAGAUGCUAGUGUUACUGAUUUCAUUCACCGUUUUCUAUCUCAACAUUUAUCUCAAAAACCUCCAUAUUAUGGAGAUAUCAACACUUAUGAUCCUCAAUCAACAACAUUUGAAUUCUAUGGAAAUUUUUCAUUUUCUGUUGUUUCGGAUAAUACAACAGAUGUUUUUUGUUUUGAACCAGGUCCUGUUGCUGUUAUGAAUAAUACAUAUUCAACAAUAUUUAUGCCUUUACAAUGUCACGCUGAAAUAUCACGUUUGCUUCUGUUAAAAUAUGAUUUACAAAAGAAAACUUAUGCGCAAAGCUCCUGGUAUUUAAAAACUGGAACAUUUUAUUAUCUUUAUUAUGAUUCACAUCGUCAACGUCUUUUUGGUUUACGUGAUGUGUAUACACCUACAUAUAUCAUGGAAGAAUAUAAUACAACGACAUUAGAAGUUAUACAAGAAUAUACACGACAAAAUGGAACACAAUAUGGUUUUGCUUGUCAAGGUUGUUCUGUAUUUAAUCCAGAUGAGAACUGGAUUGUAGAAAUUCGAAUAGUAUCUGCUGGUCAACAUUACGAUGCAUAUUAUAUGAAAAUGGAUUUGAAUCUUGUUGGAAAAAAACAAGAUAUCGUUACUGAAUUUCAGAAAUUACCAGAAUUCGUUGAACCGUAUACCAUGACUUAUGAUAUAAAGACAAAACUUGUACUUGUAACAUGGAAACAUGGAACGAUUUUUACAGAUACUAUGAUGAUCUAUAUAAAUCCUUAUACCGGUAAACUUCAUAAUGAAGCAUCUCUUUUGAAAACACCAUUUGGAUGGUUUGUUCAAUCUGUUCAAGCACUCUUUGAUGAAUCAACUCGUCAAAUAUUAUUUUUGAUUCAACAAAGUGAUCUACAACAAAUCCAAAUAAGUGUUUGGGCGAUCACUGUAGAAUUUGAUACAAUGAAAAUAAUAGAAAAAAAACAAGUGAAUGCAUUAGCGGGUCUUCAAGCAUGGACAUUUUUUAAAACAGAAAAAAAAUCAAAUUCAUAG